AUGCAGCCCACCAAUCGUCCCCGAAAGGCUUGUGAUCUUUGCUACACGCGAAAGAUAAAAUGCGACGGACAACAGCCGCAAUGUUCAAACUGUGUCAAUUACAAGACUGUCUGUACCCAUGCCGCCCGAAGUAGGAAGUGGAAACCCAAAGCCCAGCAAAAUGUCCAGCGUUCAGAUGCAGAAGAGAUUCGAAGUCUGCAGGCACAAAUGCAGCAAUUGCAGGUGGAGCUGGCUGAAUAUCGGGAGCAAGACAAAGCACUUGUGACCCCGACACCAUCGCAGGAUAUGCUUAUCAGCGAUGAGUUUAUAGAUGCCGAGAACUCUACCAACAGCAUGAAGCUUCCUCCACUGCAACAGACCAUGCACAUGACUGGAAUCUUCCUCAACACUUUCAACUCAAUGAUGCCACUCUUUAAUCCUGACUCCCUUCUACGCCUCAUUGGAGAAACAUACGCCGUCCAGCCACGACAGCGUAAUCCUGUCUCAUGGGCUGCCAUUAACGUUGUAUUGGCUCUAGCGUGUCAUCAGAUGCCUGAUGACAGUGAGAUGAACUCUGAGUGUGGCAUAGCAAGCGACUACAUAAAGAAAGCUCAAUCGGUCAUUUGGACUGUAACGCUAGGCGAAACUGGAAUACUCAAUAUCCAGACACUGAUUGGUAUGGCCAUGCUACUACAAACAGCCAACGACACAACGCCAGCCUUGGUCAUCAUAUCAGCAGCCAUGCGACUCAUUCAUAAGAUGGGGUUGCACAACCGCCUCUCUACAGAGCACCUGAGCCUAAUCGAGCAGAGACAACAUGCUUACGUCUUUUGGCUGGCCUAUAUAGUGGAUAAGGACCUGAGCCUGCGAGCACAACAACCUUCAGUACAGCUCGACGACGAUAUCGACCUCGACCUACCGAUGGAACUGCCAGGCGUUUGUAACGGUGAUUCUGAAGCAGGCAUUGUUACGACAGUUGACGGAAAUACGGGGCUGAACUAUCUCCUUGCUCGAAUACAACUCGCCAAUAUACAAGGCAAUGUAUACGAUCAUCUCUACUCAACGCGCGCAUCAAAACGAACCCCAGAAGAAAGAAAGAUAUCGAGGGAAAGAAUUGUCAGAGCUCUUGAUGACUGGAAAGCAUCUAUCCCCUCCGACUUUAACGGGGCCAACGUGGUCACCACUACGAGCAACAACCCUUCAGUCGCAGCCUUUUUCUGUAUUCUUCAUACAAGAAGUCUGUUAUGUCUGAGUCUGAUCACUAGAUCUCAUGCUUGGGAUGAGCAGUGGGUCGGUAGCAUACGCGAGUAUGGAAGAGGGACGCAAGCGCUACAGCUACCUAGUGAGUGGACUGCGAUGGUCGGAGAAGCGAGAAAUUAUAUGAUAUUAUACGAGCAAGUGCACCAAAGACAUAGCUGGCUGAGGUGGUUUGCUGCAUGCACAUACAUGUCAGCGAUGGUCCUACUCACAGCAAAUAACCUGAACGAUUCUCAGCACGCAGACUUUGCGCAGGACACAGACCGCAUUGAAAGAGCACUUGUGUGGUUCCAGGAACACUUCAAAGAAAAGCCAUGCAAGAUGUCUGCUAUGCUUGGAGAUGUUUGCACUGAAGCUGUGGAGGCAAUGAAGCAGAGGCGCGCGAACAAUGUUGCUGGGGCUGUUGAGGAUAUUUGGCUUACAGGAUUUAUUGGUGACAAAGGAGCGAUUUGGUGA